CCCUCCCCCCCCAACCCCCCGUGCGGUGCCGUUCAGGACGUCAUGAGCAUAGUAACCGUGCUGGGAGUCACCACACCGGAAACGUCCUACUCCGAUAUGGCUGCUGGAUCAGACCCUGAGUCAGUGGAAGCAAGCCCUGCCGUAAACGACAAAAACUACCCGAACCACAGCUGUGGAAGUGCUCAGAGUCAUGGGUAUCGAGGACUACCAUAUACUGAUCACAACUAUGGCGCGCCCCCUCCCCCCACCCCGCCUGCCUCUCCGCUCUCCCAAACCAUCAUCCCUCGCAUGGAGCUCAACGGCACGGCGCGCUGCCCCGCCUCUCGCUACCAUGACAACACCAACGGCCGCCAGGAGGAGAACUCGGCCGACAGCGACAGCUCGUCGGAGGAGGAGGAGGGCGCCGUGGCCAGCUGGUGCCACUGCAAACUGACCCAGGACGGCUUCCUCGUGAAGUGCGAUAGCUGCCGAGGUUUGGACAGGAGGAAAGUACUAGAUGGCCAACGCAGGAAGCAAGAACAUGUAUCAGAGGGCGAGAGCAGCGCCACGGAGAGCGGCGACGAGGAGGUGUCACCUGCCACAGUGUCGUAUACGGCCACUCAGCACACACCCACCAGCAUCACGCUGACCGUUAACCGUGUCAAACGAAACAAGUCCAAGAAGAGGAAGAAGAGCAUGGAGAAGACACGCGGAGCUCCCAAGGGCAAAAAGGUCAAGGCCUUCAGAGAGGGCUCUAGGAAGUCCAUGAGGAUGAAGAACUCCAAGACGGAAGCCAGCGCAGUGGACGAGACCACCGCGGAGGGCUGGGAGAGCCGCAUCCGUCAGUGGACGGAGCAGUACGAGGAGGCUGCGGCCAACCAGUACAGCGCCGACAUCCAGACGCUGCUCCAGCUGCGCCGCGCCGCCGCGGAGGGCGUGGUGGGGGGCGGCGCCAACGCGGCGCAGACGGCUGAGGCCGGCGCCGGCGCCGCCGCGGACAGCAUGGACACGAUCAACCGCACAGAGCUGGCGUGCAACAACACGGUGCUGGGCUCGCAGAUGCAGCUGCAGCUGGGACGGGUGACGCGCGUUCAGAAGCACCGGAAGAUUCUGCGGGCGGCAAGGGACCUGGAUCCGGACACUCUGGUGAAUCGAGUACCGGGGCAAGUCAUGCUGAGCAGCAGUCGAGGUCACGGACACUUCUUCAAAAAACCCUAUCCCUUUGUGUUGUUUUACUCCAACUUCAACGAGGUGGAGAUGUGCUGGACGCCUCGGACGUUCGGCAACGACGCCCGCUUUAUCCGGCGCUCCUGCACACCAAACGCCGAGGUUCGGCAUAUGAUCGCCGAGGGCAUGAUCCACAUCUGCAUCUACGCCAUUACCAAAAUCGUCAAGGAUGCCGAGGUCACCAUUGGCUUCGACUACGAGUUCAAUAGCUGCAACUACAAAGUGGACUGCGCCUGCCACAAGGCCGACCAGCAGAACUGCCCCGUGCAGAAGCACAACUUGAGCCCGCGUGAGACCCUGGGGUCGCAGCUCCCCCCCCCUCAGCUACCAACGCCCACCGGGGCCGAGACGCGGCGGCGGAAGGCCCGGCGGAGAGAGGCGGAGGGGCCCGGCGUCGGAGCAGGGCCCGGCGGGACGUCCGACGACAGCAACCAGCCGCCAGAGGAGGGCGGCGAGCACCGGGAGACGCUACAGGGUGACGGUGAUGCCGAGGACGGGCCUGCUGGAUGUCAAGCAGGAAGAAGGAGAGGAGGGCGAGCUGGACGAGAAUGGAGUCCUCAUCUCCAGCAGACGGAAGAGGACUUACACCCAGGGGCCAACGAUGAGACCAAACGCGACUGCUUGGAGACCGGGGAGGGUGUUGGAAGGACCCCUGUGGGGGGCAACGCCACAGCCCAGCAAGCAGUGGGUGGGAUCAGCACCCGGCGGGCCACUUAUGUCACUGAACCCUUCUCAACAAUUGACACGGAGAAGGCCUCGUCGGCUGCCACUCCCCUCUCGGCCCCUCUGGCCGCGCCCACAAAGCCUCCCCCUGCCCGCUCCUCCAAGCCCCGGCCUAAAAGCCGCAUAUCGCGGUACCGCUCCAGCUCAGCGCAGCGCGCCCGCCGACAACGCCAGGCCCUGGCCCAGCAGCAGGCAGCCCUGGAGCAGGGCGCAGUGGCCGAGCGGCAGGAGGGGCCCCUGGUGGCCCCCGGGACAGAGCUGGGACUGGUUGAUGGGGCACUGGGAGCUGGGCAUCUCACAGAAGGCGAAGGUCUGAGUCCUCUGAACAAGGGCAACCUCCGCAGCCUGCCCAAGACCAAGAAGUACCUGGUGACGGAGUGGCUGAACGACAAGGUGCUGGACAAAGCGGCCCAGCCGGACCCGGCCGCGGUAGAACGGCCGCUGCGCAUCACCACCGACCCCACCGUGCUGGCCACCACGCUCAACAUGCUGCCCGGGCUGACGGCCUCGCCGCUCAUCUGCACGGCGCCCAAGCACUACGUGCGCUUCGGCUCACCUUUCAACCCUGAACGGCGCCGCCGGCCCGUCAGCGUGGACGCCACCUACGGCUCCUUUAAGAAGAGGUGGAUCCAGCAAGCCCAGGAUGAGAGCGGCCCGUGCUCGGCGGGCCUGGAGGACGGCACAGAGUCCACAUCCUCCCACCAGAGCAACAGUAGCAGUUCCACCCCAAACCCUUUCAAAGCAGAACUGGCUGCUCCACCCAAGAAGAGACGGUCAAUCUACAGCCCGGACACCGAUGCGACGCCACCCCUGGCCGGCUCGGAAGAGCUCGGUCUGCUGCUGCGUCCACUGUCGCCCAUCACGCCCCCGCCGCCAUCCGACCACCCGCUGCUCAGCCCCACCGCAGCCCACCUGGGUCGCUAUGGCGACGAAGAGCGCCGGCUGUCCAAUGGCAUGGCCGGAUACUCGCCACUACCCUCGCUGCCCACCAGCCGCUGCAACACACCGCUUCAGUUUGAGAACAUUUCGUCUCCAGAGGCAUCUCCUGUUCACAGGCCAGAGUCCAUCUCUCCAGAGCCGUGCCUGCGGCCGGAAUUUGACGCCACGCGCUGCGCCCUACAGUAUCCCGACCUCUCGCUCUCCUCCGGCCGGGAGAGCCCGCUGCCUGCCACGCUGGACGACUUCUCGCUCUUGGCAACGGGGCCUCCGCCCUCCGACGUGCAAGGGCCACAUGCCUCUGUGGGGGGCGGCGGGGGGCCCUCUGAAACGGCCCAGCAGGCCAGAGAGCAGAGCUUCAGGACGGAGUUCAACCUCAUCUACACCUGCUCGCCGCUCAACGCCAACCUGGGCAACCCCGCCCCUGCCGACAGGCACCUCAGCCAAUCGGAGGGCAGCUUCUCCCCGGCCGAGCCCUUUUACAGCUCUAUGAGUGGACAGGGGCAUCUCGCGGAGGCGGGCCCUGGUUCUCUUUCACCCUAUAGCGAGCCACUCUAUGGCAGCAGCUACCCGGACAGUGGCACUCCACCCCACCACACCAGCAACCCGCCGCAGAAGAAGAAGGUGUCCCUGCUGGAGUACCGCAAAAGGAAGCAGGGGAGCAGCAAGGACCACGACCCCGGGGGGACCUCUCUGGGGACGCCCACCCGGCCCAGCUCCGCCAGCGCCGAGUCCCCCGGGGGCCCCCGCUCCCUAAACCUGCACCCCGCGGCCUCACCCCACAGCUCCUUCUCCUCCCCGCUCCACUCCUCCGUCCCCCAGAUGGAGGAGGUGAGCCCACCCGACAGCCACCAGAACGCCGCUUCCUCCUACGCUCCGGGGCUCCUGCCGCAGCAGGCCAGGGCUCAGGAGUGUCCCAGCCACUGGAUGGUGCCCACGACGGUGGAGCGGCUGCGGGAGGGGCAGGGCGUCCUGGAGCGGGUACUCAGGGGCUCCCUGAAGAUGGACCGCGUGCUGGUGGGGGCGGACGGCUCGGCUGCAGACCAGGAUCCCGAUGCAGACCGCUAUGAGAUCCAGACCGUUUCUUUGCCCUCCCCCAUGAAGAGCCCACAGAGAUACAGCCAGAAUGCCUACACACACCAGGUGCCGCUGCCCUUGUCAGAGGUCCACCAAAAGACAGUGGACGGUCCGGCGUUCCUUCAGCACACGGCGUCGUCUCCAUUCCAUGGCUCCUACAGCCCUUCGGGUCCGCCUGCGUCAGGCCAAGGCUUCUACCCCCGACCCAGCGCCCACCCUGCCCUGUCCCAAGACCCCUCGCAGCAGCUUCAGCGGCAGUCCCUAAACCCCCCGGCCUGUUUCUCCAGCCAGACUACGUCACCUCUAGACUCCGCCCUGCCCGGAGGCACACUGCACCAGGCCAGCGACGGCGGUAUGGAUGGGUCGCACGCGUACGGCGCUGGGAGCCACCUAAAGGCCAGCCUGUUGAACAGUGGGCUAUUGGGGUCUCCCGGCGCCAGAGCCCACAUUAACCCUAAAACGGACUUGGGCGCCAGUUUGGCAGGGAACCAGGCAUCCCACCACACCUCCAGACUGACCCAGCAGCAGGCAUCCCGGAGCCUAAAACCAGGCAGCCCCGGGCAGACAGUUCUGCAGGCGAGCUCCAGGCUCCUGGCGGCCUCCACCGCCCAACAUUACCCGCAGCGCGGGGCUCCCCUCGGUCAGUUCCAGCACCCCCCUAUACAAGGGUCAGGAGUAAGGACGCAGUCUGGAAGCUUUUAGGACGUGCGUGUGUGUGUGUGUGCGUGCUUGGGUGUGUGUGUGUGUGCGUGCGCGUGUGUGAAAACGCAUACCUCUCCUAAAUCUUCUGGGGAUACAAAGCUUAUGGACGGAGGAGAGGAAAUGUACAGACAGUAGAGGAGCAAGGACUCCAUUCCAGUAUGAGUUUCUUAUUUUCUGUCUUUGUUUUUGCUGAAAACGAAUUACUGCAUUCUUCACAUAGCUAAUCAAGGAACUUCAACAUCAUUGAAUAGUCAACGGAAAAGAGAAAAAAAAAAAAAAGACACGUUCUACAAAAUGAAAAAUCACGUGUAAUUUGAAAAUUUCCCUGACGUGAGUAGACUGGUACAGGCUAAGUAGACAGCGGACAUUCACCACGGAGAAUCUGUACAGUGUUUUCUUUGUUUUGUUUUUAACGCGGUGUACCUGUUGUUCUGGUACCUAGUUUUAUUAGACUGAGGUGUAGGGCUGGGCAUUAAAAUAAUUGACAUUAUCCAAUUGCGUUUUGAUGCGGCGGUGAUAAAAGGCGUUAUCACAGUACAGCUCAUUUUGCACCCUGUGUUCCCGUUAAAAGCUUUAGGUUCAAAGUCUCGAAGGAGUCACAGAAUGCACACACAGAAUUCCACUGUAAUUCCGACCAAAUCGCAUUAGUUGUUUUUUUAUUUCCAUCAACUUUCUGAAGAGGCGGUCGAGACCGUGCGUCCUUUUGCCUACAACUUGGUGUAGCUAAUAUAAUGACCAGCUUCUCAAAAUAAAAUCUCGGUUAAACUACCAAGCCGUUGUGGUGAUCCUCAGUCCGGUGGCAAUUUAUAAAAAUCAAAAGUAACGUGCCUGUGAAAAGGUUUAUAAAACACUCCAAACAAACAGUUUUCAUCAGAUAUUCAUAAAAAAAAAAAAAAUUGGGGGCGGGAUGAUAUAAAACAUUAAAGAGUAUAUUGUGGUAUAUCAUUUGGGUCGUCUCGCCCAGCCCUACUGAAACGGCCAGUGUAACUCUGCAGACACUUUGCCAGCGUUACCUUUUCUUUGAUUUGGUGAGAAGCCGGGUCGGUCCUCCAGGUCCUGUGUCUGGGGAAGGGGAGCUAAUUGGAGUGGCAACGCGUGUGAUCCGUUAUAAAGAUCCAGUGGAAAAGUUCCCGUAAAAUCAUUCCAUAUGGUUUCUGGCUUUUGUGUUACCCGUUUCUGAAAACUCUUGAUCUGUGUUUUACUGUUCAUUGGUUCACUUGUUUUUCCUUCCUGACUUGGGCUGUUUUGAUUUCACAUUUCUACUUCACAGUAAAGUAGGCUGAAUUGUACAGGAGUCAUACAGAUCUUUCUCAUGGUGCUGCAAAUUGUUUUCACUAAGUUAUUUACAUUCAAAUCCAGUUGUGUUCCCCACAGACCAAUUGAUUCAGCUCGCAAUAUGUAAUAUGGAAUCGGACUUUUUCCAGGAAGUCAUCCUAGUGAACGUUACCAUUUACUGUGCUGGAAUGCAGGGACAGAAUGAAAAGGAGAGGAGAACACAUUUUUCUUUCUUUCCUCUGUUGUUGGGUUUGUUGUUUGUGUUGAAUCCCGUUGGAUUCUUUUUAUGAAAAUGUAUUGAGAAUAUAUUUUUUCUCUCCUUCUGACCAAUCCUUGCAUUCCGUAGGAUAACAGGAAGACGAGUCUAUGGCGGGAUGGUGUGAAUGGUAUAAAAAAAAAUAGAAAGGCUGCUGUGUUCUCAUUUUUUUUCUGUUUUUUACGCAAGUGCUGCUUCAAAGAGUCUCCCGUUCCACAGAAUGCUGUACACCCCCAUCUUAAUAAAAAACCAGAUUAAAAUCACACAGCAGAGUUAACAUGUCAUGUGCCAUUUCCACUGCAGUGGGACUUCUAAUGUACGUUGAAUGACAUUGCUGGUGCAACCUGGGAGAUGUAGUCUCCUUGUGACAGACAAGACCGAGAGGAAGAUGGAACUUUUAUGGAGCUUGUUUCGGACUGGACGAUCUAGUUUGCUGGAAGUCAUUCGAGCGCCAGGAACCACAGUGGACCCUCCGAAGGACUGGUCAGCCCAAAUGGACCCUUGACCUUUGCUCUUAUUGUCACAGACAUGAGGGUACUCACGUGUUAUAUGAAUGUUUGACAGAAAUUUGUGACCCAAAAUUACCAGCACCUUAAAAAAAAAAAAAACGUACAAUUUAACGGAAACAUAAUGUAUGAUCAUGUGUACUUGUAUAAAAUGUUAUAAACUGUACCAGAAAUAUAGUACACUAAAUUCGCCGCAUGAUAUUGUUUUUUUUUUCUGGUUCUGACUGACUGACAGAUGGUGUCAUCGGGAUAAAUGGGUCUGUGCAGAUCGUCUGGCUUUAUUCUUCACUUUUGAGUCCCGGUGAAACCUGGAAACUUCAUUUAUUUUUCUUUCUUGGAUGACGACGUUUAAGUCUUGUUUUAUUUUUUACACAGAGCAUAGUGUUAACUAUUUGGACUCCCCCAUCCAAAAGAUGAAAAUACGGAAGAGAUGUAAAAUGUAAUGCAUUUUGAUAAUAAAAUACUCAUGAUGACCAUG